AUGAGCGGCUCACUCGAGUUUGAAAUACACACUCUCCCCACAGGCGAGUACAAACUCUACUAUCUGGCAGACGAUUCCUAUUCCUGGCUGGCUGCACCCAUCACCGUCACACUUGGCGACACCUACAAUAGUAAAAUGGCUCUCUUGUCGUCUGAACCUCUCGUGAUAAAAUACCAGACCGACAGACCCGAUCCUCACAACUGGAUAGCGCUGUAUUACCGCAACGGUGGCGCACCCAUCAACCAAGAGUUCAACAAAUUUUCUCUAAACUGGAAAUAUGCACCCCUCGAGCACGGCACCGUGCAGCUGUCGACUAUCGGUCUUACUGGAGGCAUGUACAGCGCAUAUUUUAUGGCUAGUGACGGCUACCAGUGGCUCUCGGAACCUAUUGAGCUUUCUCUGAACGGCACAGUCGGAUACAUUGGAACUCUGGAGGAGGACUACAAGCAUAAGAAGCGUGGCAAGGUCCUCGCCUACAAAUACCACGCCCCUCAACCCAACGACAAGAAUUGGAUUGGCAUCUGGCGAUACUACGACGGCGGCCCUGAACACGAAGCCUUUAACAAGGAACCUCUUCUCAAGCAAUAUGCACCAGGUCUACGUGGUACUGUUGAAUUUAAUGCGUCCAAGCUGGAACCCGGACCAUUCAAGGCGUACUUUUUAGAGGAUGACAGCUACCGGUGGCUGGCAGAGCCCGUAAGCUCGAUUACACGCAAGAAUACACCCUUCCGUCCCAUGACGCAGUUCUUCACAGGUCCGACUCUGCGCGUCGGCGAACCAGUCAACUGGAGUCUUGCGGGUACCAUCAACCACGGCGUUGAUACUCGCAACACGUUCUCUAUCAUUGUCUCAAAGUACGACUGGGCAUGGGUGACCAAGGACGGGAGGAUCAUUGGGACGCCAACGCCCGACUCGCAGGGCAAGAACUUGACUGUCGAGGUCUUUGUCACUGGAUCUGAGGACGUGGGCUACCUGGGCAACUGGAUGAUUGUGUCUUUGCCCGUCGCUCGCAAUGAGGAUCCGGUUGUCAAGAACCUGCGGAUGAUUAGUCUCAACAUGAAGGACGGCGGCAAGCACGUGGAAAAGUACAACACAAAGCAGUAUAUCUGGUUCCAGCUGAACAAUGUAGAUGUUGUCACCAUGCAAAGCACAGACGGAUAUCAUGGGGCACGAGUAGCCACGGCGCUGGGCUGGCAUGUUUACCAGGGCGACGAUGUGGCUAUUCUCUCCAAGUAUCCGAUUGUGCAAGUCUACCAGGCCACACCAUUUGCUGCGGGUGUUCGGAUUGCUCUAGAAGAGGGCAAAAGCGAGAUUAUUGUCUGGACAGCGCAUCUUACCAACCAGACAUAUGGUCCGCAGAGUGUCUGCGUAGAUAAAGUGUCCAUGGACGAGGCUCUGCAGCGAGAGGAAGACUCGGGACGCCCGGCUCAGCUGCGAGAAGUCAUGGAACAGGUGAAAGGGCACUUGGCCACAGCAGACAGCAAGCCGGUAUUUUUGACGGGUGAUUUUAAUGCGCCAUCUCAUCUGGACUGGACAAAUAACAAUACGCACUGCGGGUUCGGCAACACAUCAUGGCCGACGUCGCUAAUCCCAACAGAGGCUGGCAUGGUGGAUGUAUUCCGCGCGGUUAACAGCAAUCCCCAAGCUGAACCGGGAAUAACUACACUAUCACCAAAUGUUACAGCAUCACAGGACGGCGGUGAUCGCAUCGACUUCAUCUACUACAAAGGCAGCAGGGCGGUCCCCGCCAAAGCACAGGCUAUCAUGACAAACGACCGACACGCAAAGCCGGGUCGAAAAGAGAAUCGCUGGUGGACAGAUCACAAGGCUGUAUUUGCAGAGUUUACUAUGCAAUACUAG